AUGGUUCCUCUAGGGCACAUUUUCCGUUACCUGGGUGCGGUGUGCGAUGAGGCUGCCGCCAUUUUCGAUUUAAAGGCAUCUUUCUUCCAGGCAGGCCUGCCAGCAGAGACACGCGGGAAUUUCCGUUGCCGGACAGAAAAGGGGGGGCUCGUUGAGUUCACAUGGCUCCCCAUGGGGUAUAAAUGCAGUCCGGAAAUUGCGCACACCAUCACAAGGGUUUUGGCUGGUGACCCCGAGGUUGUUAAACCGCGGUUCGCAUCCCCAACGGAGUUAACUCUACACGUGUGGAUUGAUAAUAUUCGCAUCAAAGGGCCACGCAAGAGCGUUGAGUUGUGGGGGAACACUAUUAUGGCAAAUAUGCGGGAGUGCGGUGCAACGGUGGGAGAGCACAAGGCUCCCACCGCGCGUUGUGAAUUCAUAGGGGUUUGUUUCAACCACACUGCGAAGACGGUUUUCCUCAGUGACAAGACGUUGCGGAAAUUGAAGAGUGCCACACCCCUCCAUAAGAUGUCGGUUGAGGAAUUGGAAAGCUUCACCUCACUUAUGGUAUAUGCGGCGGGGGUUCAGGGGGGUUCGUUUUUUCGGAAAUAUUUCUUUUUGAAAACGGUGCGCCGAAGGUUUUCGCGGCUCAACAGGGGGCUGGUAGACGCACGCGAUCCGGCAGCCCCAGCCCCCUUUGGCCUUAAGGCCGGGGAGGGGUGGCCGGACACCUUGUUGCAGAAUAAUCCGGCCAACCCCCCCCCGAGGGUUAACCCGACUUCAGGGACUUGA